GAAAACCAAGAAAAUAUUUGCUAAAGUAAACAAGCCUCACCUAGUCACCUGGAUAUCUCGCUUGUGGCAAGACCGCAGGACCAUUUUGGAUUAAAACUCCUUUCUUUAUCGGCAAGAAAAAGAUUGUAUUUGAAGUUCUCAAUUCCUCUUUGAGGCUGUACAACAAUUUCUUCAUCUCGAUUCAUUGGCAUCUCGAAUUCAUACUACACGAGAAUGGAGCGCACGGAGGAUGAUAUCAAGCAGAAACUCCAAGAAUUGCAGAAACAGUUAGGGAAGAAGCAAUCUUUCGAGGAAGCAGUUUCCACAGUCAGAUCCCUGCUCUCUCAAUAUUAUCCUUCUGCUUCCCCCUCUCUUCGAACAUCGUUCUAUUCUUUCGUGUGUCGUGCUGCAACAAUUUUAAAGACAAGAUACACAGCACCUGGGUUUUGGCAUGCUGGGUUACAGCUUUUCCUUGAUGCCAAAAACCUAAUGUCGGAGUCAUCUGAGAAGAAACAUCUGCAGGACUGCAUUGCUCAAGCACGAAAUCACAUUGGUGAAGUAGAGAAUCAACCUGAGAACUCAUCAUAUAUAGAAAAUAGGCCUAGAGGGUUUCUGUUUGAGGGUCAUCUCACUGUUGAUCCUGAGCCUCCACAACCUGAUUGGCUUGUAAUGUCAAACCUUUUGAGUGCUGCAGCGACUUUGUCUGCUGGACAGUUAUCUGAAGAGCAUGCCGGCAACAGUAACCCAUCAGAUGGUGCUACCAACCUACUGCAGCAGCUGGCUGAUAGACUUGAUGACAUUGUCCCACUGAUUUUGGAUGAUGCUCCUGCUGUCCCUAGAGCACCUCCUGCCAGUAAAGAGGUUGUGGCUAAGCUUCCAGUUACUAUUGUUACAGAUGAGUUCUUAGCAAAGCUAGAUGCAGAUGCUGAAUGUGCCAUUUGUAAGGAGAACUUGGUCCCAAAUGAUAAGAUGCAAGAAUUGCCUUGCAAGCAUAUGUUUCACCCUCCUUGCCUGAAGCCGUGGUUGGACGAACACAAUUCUUGUCCAAUCUGCCGACAUGAGUUGAGAACUGAUGAUCAUAACUAUGAAAGUUGGAAGGAGAGGGAAAAAGAGGCAGAGGAAGAGAGGAGAGGAGCUGCAAAUGCCGUUCGCGAGGGUGAAUAUAUGUAUGUGUAGAUAGAUACAUUAUAUUUUGUUUCAGAUGAAUAAUGUAUACUCUCUUGUUUCAGUUAUGCUAUAAACGUUCACAAAAUGGACCCUGAUGAGUUUCAUUGUGUUCAUAUUCUUGAUAAUUAUUGAUUGUGAAAGCGUUGCUCAAUAUGAGUUAUUUAGCAAUACCAUGUUUAGUGAAUUAAUUAAGUCAAGAUGUCACCAACAUUUGAAAUUUAUUUUUGGCCG